UGAUAACAAAGAACAUUCAAUAAAGUUUAAAGAUUAUGCAGAUAUGUUUAUUUACAAUAAUUUCAAGUACCCAAGAAUCCACGGAUCUGCUUCUUCCCAAGAGCAAGAGUCCGAUGAUGGAGAAAAUAAAAAUGACACUAGCAUAGAAGUCGACAUUAGAAGUCCAACAAUUGGAAGUCGAGUUAGUCCUUUGCUUGCAUCCCGGUUUGAAUUUCAAAAAAGAAGAAACCAGUCUUUCGACAGUCUAAAGAGAAACUUUUCAGGAACAAAUAAUAAUAGUUUGAGAAGAUCAUUUUCGUUUUCAAGAUCGUUGAGAAAGGUGUCUGUACCUGCUCAAGUCCAUGAAGAAAAUACUGUAGCUGCCAAUAAAAGUUCCACACUUCCUCCCUCUAUAUUGAAGAACAAGGUCAAUCAAAACUACGAAGCUGAAAAUAUUAAUAGUCUCAGAGAGCAAGAAGUCAAUCUUGAGGAUUUCAUGCAUAAUUUUGCAAAAUUUGAAAUGGAGAAAUACAUGAAAGAGCCUUUUCUUGAACAAAUGAGAUUGGAGCAGUUAAGAGAGUACUAUAAUAAUACAAACCAAGACGAGUUUAAAUAGGAAUUUAUCAUUUGAGUAUACUUAGAUAAAUAAUAACAAAG